AUGAAAACAUAUGCUAUAGUACUGCUCAUAGUAUUAGGCAGCUUACUUCCUCUAAUCCUAUAUUUGUUAUUGUUAGUAAUAUUAUGUGUAAAGACAAGGCAACGGAAAAUCUCCGCUUCGCAGAGAAACGUUGCUGCUGCAAAUGGUGAUGUCGAAAUUGGCAGAGGAACAAAUAGUAGAGGUGUAAAAGAUGGUGAUAUGGUCAUUUUAGCAGGAGAUGGUGGCCGUUCUAUGGCUCCUGCUGAUAGUAAUAUUGGAACCGAGGACGAUGAUUGCUGCUGUUGUGGCUGUGGCGGAGGCGGUGAUGGUGAUGGUGAUGGUGGUGGUGGUGGUGGAUGCGGUGGCUGUGGCGGUUGUGGCGGCUGA